AUGCAUAUUCAAUUAUUUGAUGGACAUUUUGAUACAGACCGAUUGUUUAAUUCAAUAAGUAAAUUCUUUGAUAGCUUGUCUGCUACACCAAUUGAACUUAUUCCAGAGUUUUUCUUCUUACCUCAAUUUCUUAUCAACUUUAAUACAAUAGACUUUGGUAAACGAAAAGAUAACAAUGUUGUUAAUAACGUUGAAUUACCUCCAUGGUGUAAUGGCAAUCCUCGUCAGUUUGUUAAUAUAAAUAUGAAAGCAUUAGAAUCAUCAUAUGUCAGUCAACAUCUUAAUGAAUGGAUUGAUCUUAUUUUUGGUUAUAAACAACGAGGAAAGAAUGCAGAAGAAGCAUGUAAUGUAUAUCCACAAUGUUCAUAUGAAAUUGGAGAUUUAUCUAAAAUGAAUGAGAAAGAAAGACAAACAACACUUGACAAAAUAAGAAAUUUUGGACAAACUCCAAUUCAAUUGUUUAAAACACCUCAUCCAAAGAGAGAGGUUAGUUGUACAAAGUAUAACAUUGGAGUAUUUGAACAAGAUAAAAAUUAUUCAUUAACCGUUGUAAAUAAAAGUGGAUUUCCAAUUGGAGAGAUGCUACUUGACGAGAAAAAUGAAAUUACAAUAACACGAAAAGGAGAAAUAAUUAUUCCGAAUGGAAGUGCUCAAGUUGGAAGUGGUGGAAUUAUGAGAAUAGAACGAAAUGGAAAGAUAAUGAAUAUUGAAGAAUGUCAGAAUGGUUCAAUUCUUAUUGGUGAUGAACGAAAUGUAUUAGUUGGAGGUGGGGAUGGUAGUAUUCAAAUCAUUGAUAUUAGUACAGAUUCACCAAAGAAACGAGGAAGAUUGUGUGGGCAUGAUACUGCAAUUACAUGUUGUGUAAUUGAUAAUAACAAUAAUAUUAUUAUUACUAGUGAUCAACAUGGAAUUUGUUUGAUUUGGGAUAUUGGCACAUUAAUGUGUUUACAUGUAAUUGAAGUAGGAGAAUGUGUAAUUGGAUUAGAUAUUAACAAUGAAACAGGAAAUUUUAUUGUAUUAACACAACAUCAACUUCAUUAUUAUGAUAUAAAUGGUGAUUUAAUAAGUCAAAGUCAAUGGAUUGAACAUGAACAAUUCACCUCUGUUGCCAUUACACAAACACCAAUGUGGAAUGAUAAAACAUUCGUUGUCAUUGGUGAUAUGAAAGGUAAUGUCACAUUUUUGAAAUUAACUGACAAUUUUGAGUUUAUUCAUUGUCAGACUAUUUCUAGCCAUCCAACACCAAUAGAAUCUUUGAAAAUUUCAAAUGAUAAUACUUCCAUUUUAAUUGGACAUGUAAAUGGCAUUGUAAUUUGUUUGAAUUAA